AUGGAUGUGGUACUUGAAAUGGUCAAAUCGAAGGAUCCGAAAGAGACACGUUUAUCCUAUCUUGAAGCAACAAUAAGACUGAGUUCAGUGACACAGACCUUGGGGCGUGUCAACGACAUUCUCGAGUUAACAGACGGGGUCCCAAAUUCGAAUCGAAGCAAAGAUCUCGUUGGUGGUUCCGCAAAAAAGAAGAGACGUACUAUGAUUCGACAAAGUCCGUACAAAAGGGUUGUGGUUCUCGCUUUGGAUGAAGCCUUAACACCAACCCUUGAUGGUUUUUUUGCUUCGGGUGCCAGUUCAUUCAAAGCAAAGGCGGUGGUGCCAACAGAUAGCGCACCAAACUGGGGUUCGGUAUUGCACGGAGUUCUUCCGGAGAAACAUGGACUGAAAAAUGGUGAUGUGGAAGCGGGUACGCCAUAUGAUGAAAAUAGUCCUUACCCAAGUGUAUACAAAUUGCUUGCUCAAAGUUCAAAAGAUAUCAAGUUGGCAUCGUAUGUGGCAUGGGAACCAAUCAAUACUGGUAUCAUCGAACUUUCAGUCAAAGCAGAUCUUUAUGCGCCUCUCACCCAUGAGAAUGCCUUUUGGAGAUGGUGGCUUCGCUUUAAACAUUAUUCUCUCAAGGAUUCCAUCUACGACUAUACGGUGAUCUCGCGACUUCUCGACUAUAUCCGCAAUCCCGAGAAUGAAGACGUGAAACUGUUGCUUGUCCAUCUGACCGAUGUUGAUGAACAUGGUCAUGGUCACGGUUACGGCUCUCAAACAUACCUGAAUCAGAUUGAGAUUAUGGACGCGCACGUCGCCAAAAUUCUAGAAGCAAUUAACGAAGCGGGGUGGAAAGAUGACACUCUUGUAAUCAUGACAACUGACCAUGGUGGUGUUGAGCGAGGUCAUGGUGGAAGUAGCGAUCAAGAAGUUAAUGUGUUCUUGGCCAUCCGUGGUGCCGGCAUCGAACCAAAUUCAAGGAUUGAGGGUGAUGUGACCAAUAUGGAUUGUGCAGCUCUGAUUCUCAAGGCAUUGGGAAUGGAGAUUCCUGAAUGGUUUGAUGCGAAACUGCCCGUAAUCAAUUCCCUUUCCUGGUGA